CCUUCCUCGCCCACCCACCUCCCUCCCUCCUCCUCCUCCUCCUUCCUCCUCUCAAGCAGCAUCAUCAUCACCCGUCAGAGUUCAUCCAUGUAGUCUGCGCAUCCCCGUCUGGAUAAGUGAGCCCUCUUUCUCCGUUCCCCACGCGUGGAGCGCCAAGUCACGACAAGGCAGCGAAACAUUUGAGAAGUGAAGAUGACGAUGCUCCAGCGGCACUUGCUCUUCCUCCUCUCCAGCCUGGGCGCCAGCAUUUUUGGAGUGGAAGGGACAAAAAGCAAACCCAGAGGUGGCCAAGGUCAGUUCCCCAUCACUCAGAACGUGACAGCAUUGGAGGGCUCGGCCGCCAACAUGACCUGCCGGGUGGACUUCAACGAUAACACCUCCCUGCAGUGGUCCAACCCCGCGCAGCAGACGCUCUUCUUCGGUGACAAGAAAGCUCUUCGGGACAACCGGAUCGAGCUGGUGCGAGCGUCGUGGCAGGAGCUCACCAUCCGCAUCAACGACGUCAGCCUGGCCGACGAGGGCCAGUACACGUGCUCGCUCUUCACCAUGCCCGUCAAGACCACCAAGGCCUUCCUCACCGUCUUAGGUGUGCCGGAGCGGCCCAAGAUCACGGGCUUCACCAGCCCGGCCCUGGAAGGCGAGAGCAUCAGCCUGACGUGCACCACGACGGGAAGCAAGCCGGCGGCUCAACUCCGGUGGUUCCGCAACGACAAGGAGGUCCAAGGCACCACCGAGGUGACGGCCUCGGGCAAGUCGUUGACGGUGAGGAGCAGCCUGCGCUUCCAGGUGGAGCGAGGCGACGACCUCGUGGCCUACACCUGCAUGGUGGAGCACGUCUCUCUGGCCAACCCUUACGUGACCACCGAAGUCCUGGAGGUCUACUAUGCUCCCCAUCUGGAGAUCACGCAUUCGCUGAUCAUCCCGCAGGAGGGCCAGUACUUGAAACUGGAGUGUGUUUCCAGAGGAAACCCCAGACCAGAAUCGGUCGUGUGGUCCAAAGACGGCGGCGACCUGCCCGACGUGGAGCGCAUGAUCGUGGAGGGCCCAGAGCUCACCAUCACCACGCUGAACAAAACCGACAACGGCACGUACCGCUGCGAGGCCAGCAACCAGCUGGGCACCAACAGCGCCGAGUAUAAACUCUUUGUCUACGACCCCAAUGCCAUCGGGCAGCACGGGCCCGACCACGCCCUGAUCGGCGGCGUGGUGGCCGUGGUGGUUUUCAUCACCUUGUGCUUGAUCAUCGUCCUGGGCCGCUACCUGGCCAGACAUAAAGGCACGUAUCUAACGCACGAGGCCAAAGGGUCCGAGGACGCCCCCGACGCCGACACGGCCAUCAUCAACGCCGAAGGGAACCACAUGCACGCCGAGGAGAAGAAGGAGUACUUCAUUUAGGCUUUCCUCUUCUUUUUGGACAACAGACAUGCAAAUAGAAGCUGCCUCCGUGUCACGUCCUCCUUUUUAUUCAUUUGUUUUACGCGUCGUCAUUCACGGACCUUUUUUUUCCCCCUUCUUAAUUGACGUCACGUUCCAGCGAUAUCAGCGCCAGUCAAAGUUGUUUCUUUGUUCAACAGGUUUGUUAGCAUUCGGGGAGGAUUUUUUUCUUCUUUCUCCUCCACAAUAGCGCAAAGCAAGAUCCCAAAGUUGACCCUCAAACGCAAAAUGUAGAAGCACAAUCUUCAAUAGAUGAAAGCCGGCUUUUUUUUUUUUUUUUUUUCCCCCGGGCUGGCAUUUAAAAAAGCACAAAUUUGCGAGGACGCCAACUGGUUCUUGACUCAGGAUUCGUAACGGGAUCAGAGAGGGAAAAAAGCGUUUGGUCCACCCCCACCAAUGUGAAAGCCCCAAGUGGGGGGAGGGGAGAGACACUUAACAUGUGCAUAUUGCUGUUAAAUACUUUUGCUAGAAUGUGAAUAUUGGUGAAGAAUAUUGUUGAUUAUUUCGAUCCCUGGCGCAUUUGUUUAUGGUUAUUGGUGCUGUUCAAUGAAAAGCACGUUAAAUAAGUAUUCUGUGGCUCCCUGUAGCGCCACGAGAAAGAAUCAUCGCCUAGUUAUAUUUCAUUUGGAAUCUUUAUUUAGGUCAUAUUUGUACAAUUUAUGGUGUAUUUUAUAUUUAGGUCCUGUUAAUUCAUUCACUGCCAUCGGUGGCUACGCUAUAAGAUUUGAAUAUUGGUCACGAUGGUGGUACUUGAAGAGCUUGAAUACUUGUUUGGAUGUAAAAAGGAUAAGAACCACUGUGUUACAAUAGAAAUCCAUCGUGUUCUUUGUUUAGCGGCUCACUUGGCGAUACGAGCUUUUCCUUGGAUAGCGACGGUACGCUUUAUCUGAGCUGUUCCGUAAGAUUUUUUUCUGUGGGCCAGAAGGUAUGUAAAUACUAUGUAAGUAUUGAAUUUUAGUCACGAAAAGUCAAUAGUUCCAACUUGAGUUUCAUAGCAUUUUCCAACAUGUUGUCGACGGACGGCUGUUUUCUUCUAUAAAGGAGGCUGAGGGGCCACUCGCAAAGCAAAUGGAAUGUGAAUCAAGGCGUUCAUUCAAUUACAACAUUUUA